AUGUUUUUUAUUUUUUUUUUCUUCUUUAUCAGUUAUGGAACUCCUGGGAUUUUUCAAAAAUAAAAUGUGACAACUACUCGUCAAUUGAGAAACCUGGGCAAAUUGGAUAAGAAUCUAACAUCAGUCCUUUAUGUCCCCAACACAUGUCUGUGAACCCUUCAAGGCUUUCACCUCUUCCUGCAGAACUAGUUGCUCUCUACUAUGGUGGUGAUGCAAAUCAUGAUAUCCCUCGUGCUACAGUCACCAGACCUAGUUUUAAGAUUGGCCACCAUUUGCCCCAAUCGUUCGUAAUGAUAUUGCAAAUGAUGUACUGAUUUAUCUACAAAAGUUUAUGUUUGUGCCUUUUAUCAUUCUGAGGUAUGCAAGCUUUUUCACUUUUGUACUUUUUCUAUAUGGUUAUUUUAGCCUUUCAUUUUGGUAGAUUAUGUAUAUUGACAGAAUGCAUGCAAUUGUAUCCGAGAUGUUAUGGUUAUCAGUUUGUAUUGAUAUAUGUUAUGAAUGUUAUUUUUUUUUUUUCUUCCCCUAUGCAGGAUUGGUUUCGUGCUUUUUUUAGAAUGACAUAUGGCUGCUACUCCAGCAUUCAUCAAAGGGGAAGGUUGGAAGCCAAGCGAUAAUGAGAACUGCUUUAACAAGACCCAUCCAAUCCAAGAGGCAUCAUACAAGAACUCAAGAUCAAUCAUUCCAGUUUUGAACAUUACACAAUUGUUAGAAUAUAUCAGAAAAAUGCUCAUACAUUUCUGUUUAUGAAGACCCUAAAAUUUUGUUGAUUGCAUUCAUUGGUGCUUGCCGGGACCACCCUAAGAAGAUGCUCAGUGCAUCAGUUUAUGCUCAUACAUGGAAUGAGAUUUUGUAUGCAUAAUUGUUGAACGGUUGUAAAAAUCUUCUGAACUUCAUUUUUGGAAAUUAAGAGUGUAAAAUCAAGAUACUGACACAGUGAGUUUCAUCAUUUUCUUUGCGGUAAGACAAGAUAUUUGCUAAAAUCGGACAGAGACAAUACCAGAGAAAGUCAUAUCUAAAAGUUUUGUAAAACAGAGUUUUUGAUAAAAAUUAUCAUCAUUU